AUGGCAAGUACAUCUGCUGCUGCUUCGUCCUCGUCGGCUUCUUCGCAAUAUACGUAUAGCAGCAGUUACUUUCCGACACCGAUUCACCUUCAACAGCCGCAGGCCUAUGUCGGCGCCCCUACGGUUUCCGUGCCGACGGUGCAGCUACCUGUUCCUCCUCCGCCUGUAGUUCCUGUCUAUCCUCCGGCAACUAUUCCUACGGUGUACUCCAUGCCUCAAUAUCAGCAGGCACAGCAGCUGUUUCAAAGAGAUGCACAAACAAUAACCCCAGAAGCCCUGGAAAGCGUUAAGGCUGCCCUUGCAAGUAGUGAGAGUGAACACAAGGCUGAGACAAAAAAGAAAGCAAUACCUCGUAAGGCAGCAGGACAAAGCUGGGAGGAUCCUACCCUUGCAGAAUGGCCUGAGAAUGACUAUCGUUUGUUCUGUGGAGAUCUUGGGAAUGAGGUGAAUGACGACGUUCUUUCAAAAGCAUUUGCCAAAUUUCCAUCCUUUAAUAUGGCGAAGGUUGUAAGAGACAAGCGAACCGGCAAAACAAAGGGAUACGGAUUUGUAAGUUUUGCCAAUCCAUCGGACCUUGCUGGAGCACUGAAGGAGAUGAAUGGUAAGUAUGUUGGAAAUCGGCCAAUAAAACUUCGAAAGAGCAACUGGAAGGAGAGAACAGAUGUUGAAGCUUUAGGGAAACAAAAGAAUCAUUUUCAAAAGAAACCCAAGGUGGCGAAGAAGAGUGUCUUUCACAAAUGA